ACACGUAAUUCGUUGAUGCGGUAAACAAUUUCGAGGAGAAUUUUGUGAGAAUCGUCUAACCAGUUUGAAAUAAUUUGUUGCAGAUACCUCAAGACGGUAACGGGCGAUCCAGCAUGCAUUUGGAGCCUCCGUUACGGGCGGAGUUCAAGAUGCGGUAGAGGAAGUCCCUCGAGAAUCUACGGAACAGUUCUAAGCACCCAUUCGUGAUACAUAGAAUACAAAGCAUAAGCACUCGCAUAAUAGCAAUUAUAGCACCCCCUCGAGGAGACUCGUUCAUAUCCAAUAGAAACGAAUAGCUUGCUCAAACUAGAGCAUCCGAAAGCUCACUGGUCGACGCUCAGGAGGAACCUGGCGCCCCUGACCGACGGACACCACUGCCUUCCAAGACUUGCUUCGGGUCGCGAACAGACCACGAACCAACCGGCCGACGACUACCACCCAUCGCGCUUAACAGGGAGACCCGUUUCGGAAGCCCGGCUUCGCCCGAACUCGCGGAAGGGACUUUUAAGCGGCGAGUGAACCACAAAGGAGCGAGCAGCGAGAGGAGCCGUCACGGUGGCCAGCUUAGUGAGCGGCAACGUAGCGGUGCGUUACGAUGAGGCGUCGGGAGUGGUUGGCACGGGGGGUGUCGUGUUGGCAGCCACUUCCAGGUUAGCCGCUGCGGAUCCGGCCACGUCCAGCAUGGACACCAGCGACUCCAGCAUGGACACGACUAACGGGGUACCGGGCGCCGGGGUGGGCGCGAUAGUGUCCGGCGCGGCGUCCUUGACGCUGGUCAAGGCCGAGACGCCCGAACUACUCGCGGGCACGUCGGCGACGCCCGGGUCGGUCACCGGGCCGAUAGCCGGUGCAACCGCGGGCCUCUUCGCCGGUAUAACCGGCAGUAAAACCGGUCGGCCGGACGACUGGCUGUCGACGAACAGCCCCGGCUCGCCGUCCGCCACCCUACAGGCGCAGCACGUGGUGUUCGCCAAUGCCCAACAGCUGACGGACUCCCAGCAGCAGCAGCCCCCGUUGGCGCACUCCAGCCCCCUCGCCCAUCAGCAGCAGCCCGGCAGCAACAACGGAUACGCCAGCCCCAUGAGCACCAGCAGCUACGAUCCUUACAGUCCCAACAGUAAAAUAG